CUCUAAUCAUCAACACUGAAGCUGACAAACACUUUUUGAUUUCUGCUAAUCAUCGGUGUUUUUAUUUAGCGCCAGCGAUAUUUUAUUUUUCUAUUGCUAGGAUGUCACGCUACGAUCGCGCUGUAACCAUUUUCUCGCCUGAUGGUCAUUUGCUGCAAGUAGAAUAUGCUCAGGAGGCUGUACGCAAAGGUUCAACAGCUGUUGGAGUUCGUGGAGCAAAUUGCGUGGUUUUGGGCGUAGAGAAGAAAUCUGUAGCAAAAUUGCAGGAAGAACGUACUGUACGCAAAAUAUGUCUUUUAGACCACCAUGUUGUUAUGGCUUUUGCUGGUCUCACUGCCGACGCUCGUAUUCUUAUUAACCGUGCCCAAGUAGAAUGUCAAAGUCAUAAACUUAAUGUUGAAGAUCCAGUUACAUUAGAGUACAUCACAAGAUACAUCGCCCAAUUAAAGCAAAAGUACACGCAAAGUAAUGGUCGUCGUCCAUUUGGUAUUUCAUGUCUCAUUGGUGGUUUUGACUAUGAUGGUACCCCUCACCUAUACCAAACGGAACCGUCUGGAAUCUACUAUGAGUGGAAAGCAAAUGCAACUGGACGUUCAGCUAAAACUGUACGAGAGUUUUUGGAAAAACAAUAUAAAGAUGAAGAAGUUGCCACAGAAAAUGGCGCUGUUAAACUGGCGAUAAAAGCUUUACUAGAGGUUGCACAGUCCGGACAAAAGAAUCUGGAAAUUGCUGUGAUGGAAAAGAAUAAACCUUUAAAAAUGCUUGACGCCCAAACAAUUGAACAAUAUGUAGCCGUCAUUGAAAAAGAAAAGGAAGAAGAGGCUGAAAAGAAGAAACAAAAAAAAUAAAUGCAAUCGAAAGAGAUGUCUACAUUUACAAACUGUGUAUCACAUGGUUUUAAUUAUUUAAAUAUCCUCAUUUGGUUUAAAUAUUUAGCUUUUCUGUAUAAAUGGAAAUAAAACAAAAUAUCGUAUUCAA